CAUGCGCAUGAAAAGUUCAAUCCAUUUCCUUUUCCGUGUAAACUUCAAAAUGGUGAACGUUCCAAAACAAAGACGCACCUUCUGCAAGGGCAAGAAAUGCAAAAAGCACACAAUACAUAAAGUUACUCAGUACAAAGCAGGAAAGGCUUCUUUGUAUGCCCAAGGUAAAAGACGUUAUGACCGAAAGCAGAGCGGUUAUGGUGGUCAGUCCAAGCCAGUUUUUAGAAAGAAGGCUAAAACUACCAGAAAAAUUGUCCUUCGUAUGGAGUGCACUGAAUGUAAAUAUAGGAAACAAUUACCAAUCAAGCGCUGCAAACACUUUGAGUUAGGAGGAGACAAGAAAAGAAAGGGACAGAUGGUUAUGUUUUAAGAUAAAUAAAAUCUGGACAAUUGAAGUCUUUGUUUUUGUUGUGUGACCUGAUUGCAAGCUUGACUACUUGGUUUUAAUGCAGCCUUGCGUAUAUGAUCAAAAUUGCAGUUUGAAAAGUAGCAUUUUUCUUAUUGUUGUAGGUGGUUAAAAAAACCUUGAUUACAAUAUUACAUACACAUUUAUUUCUACAUGAAAACGCCAGUUUUUAUUAGGCUGUGGGUGAGAACGGCUCAUUAUUUUUGCCUACAACGUUAUAUCAAAGCAGGGUUGGUUCAUAGGAUCUUUUUUAAUGAACCCUAGAGUAAUACCUGUUUCCCUGUUAGAGUAAAAAUUUGAACCCCUACCCGGGCAUUCAAGUUCAAACCAAAACUAUCCUUUGCAUACUUAUAGGUAUGUUAAACGGUGGUUCAUUUCAUAGUUUCGAUAAUAAAAAUUAAAAAGGGCUCGAAUAGUAAUAAGCUUGGUACCAUUAAAGAGUAGAUUUUAAGCUCUAAUCAAUGUGUAAUUUUUAUAGUUAUUACACAUAUCUCAUUUACUAAAACUCACCCAGAUUAUUUUUCAACGGCAGUCAAGUAACUGGCCUUUUUUUGACCGUUCAAGUUCAACGUAUUUCUUUACAAAUGCCUGUAAAUGUAAAAUGUGCAGAAUUGAAUAGCCUUUCGUGGGAUACUAAACAAAUAAAAUGCGUAAGACAAAAUAUUUUAAAUGUUAAAAAAAACGAAGAAAUUUUUAAAAUUAACUUGUGAUUCUGACGUAUACAUUUUUAGUUAGCAUUUUCAGACAGGUGGUCCUUUUUUUCUUUUUAAAGCACUAGAACUAAACUGUUUAUCAUUUCUGAGCAUGCUGGCGUGUGGGCAAAAAUGGCCGAACUCAACAAAACACUUUAGCGAUCACUAAAAUAGCUCUAAGGCCGGUCGAAGAAAAUGGCAUUUUUCUUUAACAACGCACCAACUUUUCUAAAAUGACGUUAGCAAGUUUUAGAUGCUUGAUAGGUCAAUAAAAUAAAUAAAAACAUGUAGCUAC